AUGGGCUAUAUCCCCAAUCUUUUCAAUUUUGGGGUUGUGCUAUACGUUGCUACAGGAGCAAUUGCCUGCUCAUAUGGACUUGCCAUUAUUGGGUCGACUGUGGGACAACCGUCGUUCUACACAUCACUUGGUCUGGAAGCAGACACCACACAACCUGGCUAUUCGCGUACAGCCUCGUUAAUCGGCGCUUUCAAUGGCGUCAAUUGUGCAGGUGCCCUUGUCGGCAGCCUUGCUAAUGCCUGGCUUGCGAACAAGUUCUCGAGAAAGUAUGCCAUUCAGAUUGGCGCAGCGAUCUUGGUUGUUGGAGCCGCCCUGUGCGCCGGCUCUGUGAAUGUUGCGAUGUUUGUUGUCGCUCGACUUGUAGCUGGUAUUGGAAUAGGCAUUUUGACCUGUGUGAUACCGAUGUAUCAAUCGGAAGUCUCGACACCAGAAACUCGAGGCUUUAUGGUGUCUAUGACUGGAGUGUGCUUUGCUAUUGGCUACAUGCUAUCUGCUUGGAUUGGCUAUGGCUUUCCAUGGCGGUUUCCUUUGGCAUUUCAAGGUGCACCAGCUCUUCUGCUAUUAGCUGGCUCCAAGGUUCUGCCAUUUUCACCUCGUUGGCUGAUGCAACAAGGACGGUACGAGGAGGCACAUGCCGUCCUGCAACGCCUACAUGCUAGAAAAGGGGAGGAACUUCAUGAACAAGCUGAAAGAGAAUAUUACCAGCUCAAAUGCCAGGUCGACUACGACAACGCGCAAAAAGCUAGGAUCUCAGUGUUUGAGGUUGCGAAGACUCCAAGCAAUCGAAGACGAUGUCUCGUUGCUUGUAUCAUGAUGUUUUUCAAUAUGUUCACGGGCAGCCUCCUGAUCGCGAACUACGCUGUGAUCAUCUUCACUAAUCUCGGCCUCAGCGGCUCAACUCCACUGCUGUUGCUCGCACUCUGGGUGUCCAUCUCCCUGUUCGGAAAUAUCUUCACGGCCCUGUUUAUCGAUCGCUGGGGCCGUCGUGGGUUCAUGCUCGUUGGAAUCGGUGGUAUCCUCGUCUCCCUGAUCUGUGAAACCGCACUUCAAGCUCAAUACGUAGGUACCGACAACAAAGCUGGUCAACGCGCAGCAGUGUUCUUCAUCUAUCUAUUCAUAUGCUUCUGGUCAGCAUGCAUGGACGCUUCGCAGUUCUUGUAUCUUAGCGAGAUCUUUCCCACUGCGGUUCGUGGGCAAGGCACUGCUGUCGGGAUGUGUGCUUGGUACAGUGCACAGAUCAUCAUCCUUGUCGCAGGUCCGAUUGCAUUGGCUGAGAUCGGUUGGAAGUUCCUGUUGGUUCUGGUAGUGCCGACGGCGCUGUACUGGUUCUUGGUCUAUUUCUUGUUUCCGGAGACGAGGCAGAAGAGCUUGGAGGAUAUUAAUGAGGCGUUUGGUGAGGUCACGGUCGUGCAUUAUCAGGGCGUUACCGAUGCUGGGAAACAGAAAUAUCACGACGCGGUUGUUGAUCCUGUGAAAGGAAGUAGGCCUGUAUCUGAGGUUGUAGUAGAGACCAAGGCACUGGGAGCAUGA